GUCUCCUGCGAGGUGCCGUCCUCAGUACCCUUUCCCCUUUCCCUCUCUCCUAGCGAGUUUUCCCUUUAACUGUUUUACUGUUUUUACGUUUUAAAUCCAGUGCCUUGGGUUCGGUCGUCUCGUUAGUCUUCUUAGCUACAUCCUGCGUGUAAACUGGCGGGAUGUUCACGUCCACCGGUUCGAGGGGGUUGUAUAAAGCACCCCUGUCCAAGAGCUUGCUGCUGAUCCCUACAGUCCUCGCCGUGCUGCUGACCGUGCUUCUGCCUCAGUACCAGGAUGUGUUUCUAUACAACCUCCAGGCUGUCAGGCAGGCCAAGCAGUUCUGGAGGCUGGUGAGUGGACGGCUCAUCUGCUUGGACCUGAAAGACACUUUCUGCAGCAGUUUGCUCAUUUAUAAUUUUCGUAUUUUUGAAAGAAGGUUUGGCAGCCACAAAUUUGCUUCCUUUCUCUUUGGAGCGUGGAUUCUUUCUGCUUUUGUGGACUUGCUGCUGACAGAGGCCCUGCGCUUCACGUUUGAACUUAAAGUGGAUGUUCUUCCAGCUGGACUACUGGGCCCAGUCUUCGCUCUCUUUGUGCCUUUCUACAGCUCCAUCCCACGUGUUCAGGUGACUCAGCUUCUCGGCCACGUCUCAAUCACAAACAAGUCUCUGACAUACAUUGUGGGCGCACAGCUCCUGACCUCAAGUGCCUACAUGUGGGUGGUUGCUUGCAGUGGAUUAAUUGCAGGCAUGUUGUAUUAUAGUAAUAAGUUGGCAGUCCAGAAGUUCAUAUGUGUGCCAAGAUGGGCAGCCAGAUGUGGUUCGGUGCUCCUAGAGCCGGUCUUCUCCGAUUCUGAGCCCACCGCAGAGGCCCCGCUGGGGAUGGGCGCUACUUUGGACAUCCAGAGACAGCAGAGGAUGGAUAUGUUGGACCAGCAACUGCUCCUGUCUCAGCUGGCACACCUCAGGAGAAAUGCUCAGCAGCAACAGGCCCAGCAGACGGGUCUCCUGAAUUGGAACAGAUUCUUCCCGACUCUAAGACACAGAGGACAGAACCGGCAUCAUGAGGGUCCCGAGCCACAGCACCCGCCGGAUAACACACCUGUGGCUGAGGAGCAGGUCGCAAGAUUAAUGGAGAUGGGUUUCUCAAGGAUGGAUGCCCAAGAAGCUCUCCGAGCCUCUAAUAAUGACAUUAACAUUGCAACAAACUUCUUGCUUCAGCACUAAGAUGAAAUAAAUCGAAGGGUGACCGGGAGAGCAAGGAGAAUGAUCACUGAGUUGAAAGUACUUAAGAACACAACACUGGUGUCAUUACUACACCUGCUGGAAGAAGAGCGUCGAUACACAACCCACAGGAGCUGAUGACGUCACUUCCUUUCUGACUAGACAGUGUGGCGCUCCUGCUGCCGUGUCUCGCAGUGCUACAAGGAGUUGACUUGCAGAUGCAACCCUCUCUGCUCCACAGGACAGAGCCAACAUGGUGGACAUUUACACAUUGUGUCUCAGGGCUCGUGCCAUCUGGCAUCGUCCUUGAACCUGCUUCAUCUAAUAAUUAAGAAUUCUAUAAUAUAUUGCUAAAUUAUUAAACCAUUUGUUGUUCUUAAAGGAAUAGUUCAUCCAAAAAUGUAGCCAUUGUUCUCAUGUUCCUAAGCUAUAUGGUUUUUCAGUCUUCCAUGGAACACAAAAGAGGAUGUUUAGCAGAAUGCCCUGGCUUCUCUUUUCCAUAUAUAAGGUAGAGAGUGACUAGUGGCAGGUGAACUCCAAAAUAAAGGUCUAUACGAUACUAUAAAAGUAGUCCGUAUGACAUUUGUGGUUACUAUAUGUGAGGUAAAGUCACAUUUCACUUUAACAGUUCAAAGUACAGGUUCUUGAAUCUCAGAAGAUCUGUGGCAGGGGCCAAAAUUAAAUUUUGGUUUGUGCCUCAAUUAUGACUUCAGAGGCAUAUUACAGCUCUUUUUGGAUGCUUUUUUGAUAGACAGCUAUUUGUCUUGUGGAAAAGAGCAGCCUGAACAUUCUUCAAAAUCUCUUAUCGUCACAGCGUUCAUAAGAGAAAGUAAGUCAUAUGGUUUUUGGAAUGACAUGAGAAUGAGUAAAUGAUGACAAAAUUAUUUUUGGAUGAAAUGUUAAUUUUUUUUAAUUUUUUUGUUUGGUCAAAACUUAAAAGGGCUAGUCAGCUGUAUGGCAGUGUAUUUAAAGUACACCUGGAUUAAAUGGAUUCUUGAGUAGACCACUGACGCGUUUCAUUCUGAAUCAAAGCUAAUGAAAGCACGAGGCGUAAUGUUCGGUCAAAGCAUCAGAUGUUUUUAUUAUUUUAAUAAUCAAAUUGUCGUUGUUAUUAUGUAUUGACUUUGGUGUCUGGAAAGCUUAAAAAAGUACCAUGACUUUUAUAGUGGCAUGAUUUAAAAGAAGAAACAAGUGGACAUUUCACGCCAUAGUCAUCCAAUUGAAAAUAUUUGUUAUUUUAUGAUGCUUAGAAAGUUUUUCUGCACAAUGCAAAUGGAUAAUAUUCAGAGCAUCUUUAUCUUUGUGUUUGUUAGAGAGUGGGACAAAACGUUUUUUUUUGUUUUUUUUUUAACAGCAUGAUUUCUCUGUGGCACAAAAAGAUAGGAUGAAAUAUUGUUUAAACUCUCAUUAAAGGGAUAAUAACAGUUUUGAUUCCCGUAACUGGGAUUAAAAUCAUAUCUUUAAAGAACAUAUCCAUUUAAAUAUAAAUUAUGAAAUUGUUAUCUGCUGAUAAGAUUAUGUUCAUGUGAAUGUUCUCUUGUUUAUUAUGCAAAACAGUGUUUGAUUUUUGUGUUUAAUCAAGUGGUAUUUCAAUUCUAAAAAAUAUAUAUAUAUAUAUAUAUGUUUAUAUAGAUUAAUGUUCCGACUGCCAGAAAAACACUGGUCAACCCAAAAGCUAAGCACUCCUGCCACUCUUAAGAUUUUUUUUGUUGAGCAUGAUCUGUGGUCAAACAGUGGGUCUACAUUGGGUGAGCAAUUUCUUUAUCAUGGACUUUUGAUGAUAAUGGUAAAAAUAGUAAUUGAUGGCUGCUCUUUUCGUUUUGGGAAGAUUGCAUUUCACUGGCUUUACAAAUUGAGAUUUGAGUCUGAAAUUCCGUAUCUGUAACUCAUUCUGUAAAACACGAGACUAGAUUCGAAUAAUCACUCAACGUUCAGAUGUUAGACAACAGAAUACAAUGUACAGCGACCCUGAACACACACCUGUACCUUUACUAAAAUCUACCUCUUUUAAAUCUGUUGUGCUGUCUGUUCAUGUCACACAAAUUUCAACGUGUUGUAGCUACUUUUAAACGAUAGCUAAAUGUCCAACUUCGACAGGUAAAAGCAAUUAAACUGAUCAUGUCAUGUAA